UUGUCAACAAAACAAACUCACACACGUACACGCAUAUAGCAGCUAUGUCGGAUCUGUGAAGGGUGGUUUACAUAUCUGACAAGUUAUUAUUCAUAGCUACGCUUCAAUAUUCAAUGUACAGGCCGUGAGGAAGGUACACUCGGAUACACGUAUAGAUUCCACUGUUGACCCAGGACUGGUGACAUGGAGUUGAUCCUCGUUGGAGUGGCAACAUGUGUUCUUGCCGCUUCUUUGAAAUACCUCUUCUGGGGGAAGAAGACCAACCUUCCCCCGGGUCCUUCAGGUCUUCCAAUCAUUGGCAACUUUCACCAGAUUGACAUUGUGCGCCUUCACCACAGUGUCGAGAAAUUCAGAAAAAGGUUCAAUGGCAUAUUCCGUCUGAACGUCUUUGGUUGUAACAUAGUUGUGAUUGACUCGUAUGACCUGAUGAAAGAAGCUUUUGCAUCCUCAACUCUGGCGGACGUGUUUGCAGAGAGACCACCAAUAUUCCCAGCACAAUAUAUCCUGCCAAGUGACAUCAUCUUCCAGCCUUACACUCGGAAGGUAGUCGAGUUCCGGAAAAUUCUACACCAAGUUAUACGGGCUCAUGGAAGCGAGUCCACAUCUCGAGACACCAUCUACGGGGAGAUCAACCAUCUGAUAGAAAGACUCCAAGCACACGGCACUGAUAGCUUUGAUCCUAAACAGGACAUUUACAUCUAUGUCGCCAACACCUUGUUAACGCUUCUUACCGGGAGACGGCGAGAGGGCAAUGAUGAGCUGAUGAAGGUGGUGUCUAGCAUUGAACAUGAUCUCAGCUUCCUUGCCAAUCCAGGCAACAGCCUUUUGAUGGCGCUGUUUCCCUUUAUGAGAUACCUUCCCAGCAAGACUGGUCGGAGUUACAGAAACUUUAUGGGCAAAAUGGACGAAGUGGUCGGCAUGUUCAUCAAAGAAUAUUCAAAUGGAGACAUUGAUAGCGAAAGUACAGCAGGCCAGCUUCUCGGUGGGAACGUUGAAGUAGAGGGGAAAAAGUUGACCGAAGAUGAUAUCAGAGGCCUUGUCAUGGAUCUUCUUGGCGCAGCUGCGGAAACAACAAGACAGACGAUGCUCAGCGCUUUGUUGUAUAUAGCGAACCAUCGAAAAGUGCAGGAAAAAAUUCAGGCUGAAUUGAGCAAAGUUGUCCCCCAUGGCGCUAUGGUGACCGGUGACGACAAAGCCCGCCUCCCAUACACAAACGCCGCUCUGCUAGAGUUUUAUAGAGUGCACAGUCCUCUACCUCUCCCGUUUCCUCACGCCACGAGUCGGGAUGUUGAUUUCCAAGGUUAUCACAUACCUGAAAAUACAACAGUGUUAUUCAGCAUGUGGUCAAUUCAUCAUGAUGAAAACUUCUGGGAACGACCAUUCGAAUACAUUCCUGAAAGAUUCCUCGACCAAAAUGGAGACCUCCUACCCAGCAGCCAUGAAAAACGUCGUCGCUUGGUUGCCUUCAGCUUAGGAAAGCGAAUCUGCCCUGGGGAAGGCUUUGCACGUCUUCGCGUCUUCCUCUGCGUGGCAAACAUCUUGCAGAACUUCGACAUUCUGGCGGACAAGUCAUGUCCCCUGCCUCCUGCUGAUUCACGCACAUUUCAGCAGGGAGUGGUCCUCUAUCCACCGUCGUACAAGAUACGGCUCAGAAAGAGAGAAAGCAAAUAAUCGGGAAUGUUUCGUCGCAGCAGUAGACUGCUGGCUUUGUAGGAAGAGGAAAGUAUGCUUCUUAAAGAGAGAGUAUGUACUAUAGUAAGAAGCUUAUACCAGUACAGAUCCAGGCGUUGUAAUGACUGGCGAGCUGAUGCAUGGACACGUUGUCUCCAUGCGUUAUGGUUAUCAUAACUAUCACAAAGAUCAUGAUAAACAUCAUACAUGCAAAGUCAUCAGACGAACAAAAUCGUGUUUGAGCCAUUUGAAUCAAGCUUGAUGUGACUGUCAAAUGGAAAAGUUGUUCCUAAUUUAGUAGACAUAUUUAACUAUGUGGACAGAUGUACAAAACGAAAUUUGUUCUACUGGACGAACAAAAGAGUGUUUAAAUCAAGCUGCCUAUUGAACAAGUUGCUCCUGUUUAAAAGACUUUAUUAAGUAUAAUAUGUGGACAGAUGUACACAAUGCAAUUUGUUCUAGGAGACGAAGAAGAAAGAGCUUGCAAUAAGUGCCAGGUGGCCUCGUUGCUCCUAAAGACAUUUAAAGACAUUAACGACAUUUAAAGAUUGAAAUACAUCA